AGUCACCGAUUGUGUUGUACUAUUUCUCAUUUCUUUAAAGGGGUUUUCUUUCUUCUUACAGUUCCUUCCUCUCACUCACUCUCUCACUCUUCCUUUCUAUUCAAUCAGAUUUAGCUAUUUUCAUUGUUCCUUCCUUCUCUUAUGGCUUCUAAUUCGCAAAAGGAUUUACCCCCCGCUGAUGAUAAGGCUGGUACUGCAGAGAGUAAAAAUUCCAAAGAUGAAACGUCUUCUAAAGAUUCGCAGGCAGGAGAAGGAGCUGCUUCUGGACCUGCAACUGGGUUUCCAGCCAACCCUUUUGAUUUCUCAGCAAUGUCUGGUUUGAUCAAUGAUCCAAGUAUCAAGGAUUUGGCUGAGCAGAUAGCAAAAGAUCCAUCGUUCAAUCAGAUGGCUGAGCAGCUUCAGAAAACUUUUCAAGGAGCUACACCAGAUGGUAUCCCUAACUUUGAUAAUCAGCAAUAUCUUUCAACCAUGCAACAGGUUAUGCAGAAUCCUAAUUUUAUGACCAUGGCUGAGCGCCUGGGUAAUGCAUUGAUGCAGGAUCCAUCUAUGUCUGCCAUGCUUGAAGGUUUUGCUAAUCCAUCAAAUAAAGAUCAGCUUGAAGAGAGAAUGGCACGCAUCAAGGAAGAUCCAUCUUUGAAACAUAUUUUAGAUGAGAUAGAGACUGGUGGUCCUUCUGCUAUGAUGAGAUACUGGAAUGAUGAGGAGGUUUUGCAGAAGUUGGGACAAGCCAUGGGCGUUGCAAAUUCUGGAGAUGCUACUGCUUCUGCUGAAAAAUCUGGACUAGAUGAGACAGAGUUGGGAAAUGAAGAUGAAUCAAUUGUUCAUCGUACUGCUAGUGUUGGUGAUGUGGAGGGCUUGAAAAAUGCACUAGCCUCUGGUGCUGACAAGGAUGAAGAAGAUUUAGAGGGAAGAACCGCUUUGCAUUUUGCCUGUGGAUAUGGAGAGGUGAAGUGUGUGCAAGUUCUCCUCGAGGCUGGAGCAAAAGUCGAUGCUUUGGAUAAGAAUAAGAACACAGCUCUUCAUUAUGCGGCUGGUUAUGGCAGGAAGGAGUGUGUGGCCCUUCUUCUUGAAAAUGGUGCUGCAGUUACCCUCCAGAAUAUGGACGGGAAAACUCCUAUAGAUGUUGCAAAGCUAAACAAUCAAAAUGAUGUCCUGAAGCUGCUUGAGAAAGAUGCUUUCCUCUAGUUUGAAAGGGCAUGUUGGCAUGCGGUCACCAACAAGUAAAAGGGGAGAGACGGGGGUGUAAAAUGAGGCAUGACUUUACUUAUCUUCUGGUUUCUUCCAAGCGUUUAGUGUGUUAAACCAUAUUCCUUUGAAAGUGUGUUGGAUGUCAUUUCCCAGUAAAUUUGUUAUCUAUGUGAUUUAUAAUGCACGGAUUGUUCUACAGCCUGUGCCAUGAUAUAAUUAUUAUAUUUUAUACUCAAAUUAUACAAUAACUACAUUGCUUCA